AAACACUAUGUCAACACAACGAGACAACGAGAAAUUGUCGAAAGUUCUGAGCCUUUUUUUACUGCCGGAUUACAAUGUCGUGUCAACGACAUACUUAGAUUUGUUGUUAACACAUGUCUCGAAUCAAGAGAAAUGCGACCAACAAAGCAAUGAUCGUCGAGCAUUGUUGAAAAAAUGGAUUGUUGAAGCUUUGGAGGUCUGGAGCAGUGGGGAAAUAAAGCCCUGCCAAGCUGUUACUGUAUUCACCAUCAAACUAACUGGAAUAUUAUCGCAGGAUGAAAAUGAUUUUGAUGAUCUUGAGGGCCAAAAUAUCUUUGAAAAACUGUCAGGAAUCUUCCAGUUGCAGAAAAGUGAUGUCUCAGCAUCUGUUAAAAUGGCAUACACCUCAAUGCUGGUGGACAUUGUCACUCAUAGAAGGGGACGGCGUUGGAUAAUAUCAAAGGGCCUGUGGAAGGACAUGAUAAAAUUCGCUCAGCAGAACCACACAAUGUAUGUGACAAGAGAAAGUCAUCGAUUUAUUCACACGGUGCUUAAUAAGGAAUCUCAGAACAAAGAGUUCUGCAAGGAUGUGAUUUUAACGGUGUCCGAGCCACUACUCAAAUAUUCGGGGAACGCUCAGCCUCACGCAGCUUUAGAGGCACUUUACUUGGACCAGAAUGCCCUUCUCUGUACCACAUUGGAUUUAAUAACGAGUAUAAUCGAAAACACAAUGUUCACGAGUCUGGAGAAUGACAUAACAGAUAUGUUUGGGACAUUAGUGGAUCUAGAGGAUCGUUUGAAGGCACUAACCGAAGCUUGUAUAAGCACAAAGUUCCUCCAGCAUAUCCUCAAGCUGUGGGCCCUCAUCUCCUUUCAGAUCAUCAAAAGUGGAGCAAGGAAGGAUGGACCACGCAUUGAUAAAGAAACAUGGCUGAAAUUCACUGAACGAUUUUGCUACAUUCAAACACUUUUGAUUGAAAAGAAAUAUAUUCUGGAGAUUGUGGCACUGCAGAAGAUGACCUUGUUAUACUGGAAAAAGUUGAACGACAUGAAGGAAAUACAGUCGUCUUUUGAACAUCAAUUCGAGUAUCAAGCGAUGACACUAAUGAUCACACCCAUGGGGACAACUAUGAGGCACAGUAAUAUGAAGCACGAGUUUUUCGAAAUGUUCGUUGAUAAGUUAUAUGAUGUUACAUGCCAACCGAUCCAGCGGCUCAGUUAUCUCAUUAGAGACCUGAUGCUGAGGGAGAGUUUACCAGUUGAACACAUUUGCAAGUCAUCAAUUGAGAUGAUUCUGGAAACUAUUGAUGUUAUUGGGAGGGGCGUGGCUGUUAUUGCGUUUCAAAGCAUGUGUUAUGCCCUUAAGAAUUACAUACCCCAGGAAAAAAUCUGCUCAAUUUUAGAAAAGUCAAAUGCCCAUGAUUUCCAUGAAUUCCCAAACGAUAAAAAAAGAAAACCUAAUUCGAUAUUCAAUGGAGAUCCUGUUGUUGACAAUCCUGCACUGUUGUCUACACUACUCCACGGAUUGGCAGUUCUCACCCAAAAGUUUCAGUUCAAAUGGCAGGAUUGUGUUGAAACAAUAUGUCUUGUUGCUCUAGCACAAGAAAUCUUGAAACACACAGGAACUCUGCCGAGUCUGUGUGUAAAGGCCCUUCAGCUCUGCAAACUCGCCAUUCAGAACUUCAUGCCACCAAAUUUAGCAUUAUUGGUAGACUCAGACAGUGGCAUGUCUGGAAUUGGUUCGACUCUCUUCAAACGAUUACACGACCCCAAUUGGGAAGUACGCGACAGUGUUUUGGAAGUUCUGAUCACAAUAGCAACCAUAUCCGAGGAUAAAUAUCCAGCAUUCCAAGAUCUCCUUCUCACUAAUGAUUUCCUACCCUUGAUCACCGAUGUCGCGCUGAUGGAUGGUGAGAGUUACGUCCGAGCAUCUGCAGUUAAGUUCAUCGCUACGACGAUUAGAAUAAAUAAACUGUGGGAUCACAGUCUAUCAAAAAUGGAUCUCCCUGAGAAAUUCAUAAAUCUUUGCAAAAAAGAAAGUGAGGCAAUUGUGAGGAGAGAGGCUGUCGAUUUGAUAAAAGAGCUCUACGUGUACCGUAAGUGGCCCAAAUCUACGGUUGAUUUAAUGAGCACUGCAAUGGCCGAAGCUGCUGUUCUGGAUCUCCACUGGGAAGUCAAAGUCAAUGCUCUCAAUUUCUGGAAACACUUCAUAAAGUCACACUUCACCGAUCAAGGCAUGCUGGACGGUUCAUUUCCAAAUGUCACAUUCUCCAAGGAGCACAGAAAAAUAGUUACACUCAAUGAAACUGAAAUCAAACGACGUCUCAACAAAGCACUGGACGAUGUGGCCAAGCACAGGUGUCUUGGGAUCCUUCUGUUCACCCUGAAGAAUGACAGUGACUUCGAAGUCUCAAGAUCAGCUGCUAAUAUCAUCAAGAAACUUCAAGUCUACAUAUUGAAGUACAAGCUCAACGAUCCAGUGAUUGAAGAUAGUACACUGCCAAAGGACAGUGCUAUACUCGAUUCGUCGUAUAUAAAACCUCAGGCCGCACCAUCGACAUCCGAAAGGAAGAGUUCACCAGACAAAUUGGCCGAUAUUAUCGACGAGAUUAUCAACGAGAACGACGCAGAGCUAUUGGCAUCGAUCUACCAGAGCUCCAUGAACGUGCACACAGAGGCGGACAAUACGAAGCUAGUAACUCUGGAGAAAUUGUCAGAAGUAACGAGACAGAAAUUCCUGAAUGUAGUCAAUAACAUGGACAUCGACCAUUACAUUGAGGAAAAACGCCGUUGGCUGCAAGACUACACAGUUUGCUUUGAUUCAGUAGUUGAGGACAUACUAACCGUGUAUGAGCAGAAUGGUGUCAAUUCCCUAGAUUGUUACUAAAAUCACAUUAUUUACUACGUUGAGUGAAUAAUCAUUUUUUCAUUCAUAGUAUAGUUCAAGUAAUGAUCACUUUCUGGUGGGUGCAAACGUGCACAGUGUGAUUUAAUACUUCCACUGUAUAGAGUAUAUUUUUGUUAAAAUGAAAGAGAAUUUUUUCCACAGCUAUUGUGAUGAUUUCCAUUCCUUCCGGAGAGGUCUGUUUCUAUUUCAGUAAUAUUGCUGAAUAAACACAGAGAAAAUCA